GCAUGACGAGCUCACACAGCGCCCCACCGUGUGGACUCAGUCCGCUCCGGCAGAGAAUUUCACGCGACCGCGGACACACUUACUCUUUCUUUUUUAAUUUUGGCCAAUCUAAGUUUAAUGAAGCGGUGCCCCCAACACAAUGAAGCCGAGGAAGAGACAUGUCUUGCUGCUGUGGAUGCUGGUCUGCUCCGGCAUGACGGAGGCGAUCGAGCCCAUCAGCACCAGCAUAGCGGUGGGCAUGGCAGCGGCUCUCACCGGGUUCUUAGCUAGCUACCAGAACAUUUUCUACUAUUUCCACGAGUGCUGUCGACCUGAGUGGAUUUCCUUCAACAGGACAGGUCUCAAAGCUGACCUGGACAGCAAACUAUUCGGACAGCAUAUUGCGUCACGCAUCAUCCUGAAAGCUGUGAAUGGAUUCAUGAGCAACGACAACCCAAAGAAGCCUCUGGUGCUUUCUCUGCACGGAUGGACCGGCACAGGGAAGAACUUUGUCAGCCAGCUGAUUGCUGACAACAUUUACAAGGAGGGAAUGGACAGCAGCUUCGUUCAUGUUUUCACAUCUGAACUUCACUUCCCACAUUCGAGUCAAUUUGAUACCUACAAGUCUCAGUUACAGCAGUGGAUCAAAGGCAAUGUCACCAACUGUGCACACUCCAUGUUCAUCUUUGAUGAGAUGGACAAGAUGCAUCCUGGCUUGAUUGACAGCAUAAAGCCGUACCUGGACUACUAUGACAAGCUGGAUGGAGUUUCUUAUCGGAAAGCCAUCUUCAUCUUCCUCAGUAAUGCAGGAGGGGAGAGCAUCAUACAGACUGCUUUAGAUUUCUGGAAAGCAGGACGGGAUCGAGAAGAGAUCGAGCUCAAAGAUCUGGAAACGGUGCUCUCUCUGUCAGUGUUCAACAAUAAGAAGAGUGGCUUGUGGCAUACAAGUUUGAUUGACAAGAACUUGGUGGAUUUCUUCGUCCCGUUUCUGCCUCUGGAGUACCGACACGUCAUCCAGUGUGCCAUGGCCGAGAUGAAAGCCAGAGGACUUCAGCCAGACCAGAACGUGGCAGACCAGGUGGCCAGAGAUUUAGUCUAUUUCCCCAAAACUGAGCGAGUGUUCUCUGUCAAAGGCUGCAAGACGAUAGAGAGCAAGUUGGACUACUACACAUAAUGCCAGCAUCCGAUGGACGCAGCGCUCGAUCACUAUGUGCACUUUUUUAAAGAACAACGCUCUCAGCCAAAUGACUAAAGAGAGGAAGUGAAGCUGACUGAACUCUGUAGAGGUCCCUGCAGAGGUUUCUCUGUCUGACCUUAUGGAGGAUUUCAGCAGGCCUUCUCCGAUGUUGCAUAUCGCUUACACAGGAUGCGGAGCCUGAUGAAAGACAACAGCGCCAGUUGAAUAAAAAAAUAAUAAGACUGGAAAGCGAUCCUUUGUAAGUGAUUAAGGGGCUUGAUCUCCACUUUUAUGUCACACCACAGUGAGAGUCUCAGAGAGUUUUGUUUUCCUGAGAGCUUCUUAAUGGCUAACAGGGCGUCCUUGUGUUAGUAAAACUAUGGCAUGUCACUGUUGUGCAUUUUUUUUUAAAUGUGUACUCCAAAUAUUUGGAUUCCAGGAAACACCUGCCUUAAUUCUUUUUAAUUUCACUUUUUUUUUUAAUUAGAUCUAUUAAGGUUAUUUUACACAUAUGUCAACUGUACAUGAGUUCAUUAGCUGUCAAAAUUUGCCUUCAUGGUCACUGUUCAAAUACAUAAUGCAGAAAACACCAUGUCAAAAUAUACUGUGCAGCCACAUGCUUUUAAUUUAUAAUUUGGUAUAUAUUACAAAAUAUUCUGUUAUAUGAGUAAUAUACACUGUAAUUCAUGUGGAUGUGUGCAUAGUGAAAUAUUUCCAGGUGUAAUUUUGCCUUACAGUUAUAAUUUUAUUUCCACCGUGACUGGACUCUGUAGCUGAAUUUGGAAUCUCAGGAUCUCACACCAAACACCAAAUUUUACCAAAACUUGAUUUUUUUUGAUUCUUUAUUGUAAUGAAAUUGUAUAUAACAAAGUGGUUGAUUAUUCUGUUAAUUUUAUUUUAAAUUCAGCCAGGAUGUUUCUUUAAAACACAGUAUUCUGUACUAUAUUUUGUCUUCAAAGAGGAGGAAGUCAUACAUGGUUGUUCCCGAAUAUUGUUGUGGAAGGAAAUCUUCUGUCAGUUGAGUUUGAGCAACCACAACAAAAAAAAAUAAUGAUAUCUUUUCUAUACAGUUGCUCACAGCUACCUGCAGGUGAAGGAGCUUUUAAGUGGACUGCGAAAGAACAUUGUUGGUCUGGAUGGAAAGCCAACGUUUGCCAGCUUCUCUGCUGUAAACACACCACAAAUGCAAAAAAACAAACAAAUCACAAAUAAAAAAUGAAUUUUU